AUGUGGCACAAAUAUGAAAGCAACCGCAACCACUUUUUGCAGUCCCAAGUUAAGUUUUUAACUUCAGCAACAAUCAAUGGAAUUACGAAAUUCCAGGCAAAACAAAGCACACUCAAUCAGUGUCAACAUUACGCUUGCCCGGAUAAUAAUACAUCUACGUAUUUUGACGACCGUGCCGAAUUGGCGUAUGGACUAGGAACAUUGCCCAAGCUCUUGAAAGAAAUUGGAAGUGAUGAUGCCACAGCACAAUUUAGAGCUAUCAACUCGUUAUCGGAAUAUAUAAGAAAUCCGUUGCAUGCUCAAAGGGCUAUAACGCAAUACCAAAUUGUAAGAAGAUGUCAAAAUCUAUUGUUGCGUCUACGAAUAAAAAAUCAAGAAUCCAAAUGUAGAGGUCUGGACUGUUUACUAACAAUUUUUUAUUACAUCUCAAUGCAUUUAAAUGGCGUCCAUCAAAUUGUACGUAGUAAUCGAUUGUUAGAUCAGAUCUAUGAAAUAGUUAUAAAUCGCGAAACCCAUAUGCCAAAGGCUACAAAAAUUUUGGCUUUGCUUAGCGGUCAACCCGCUGCCUCGUUAUAUUUAAUUAACUCGUACAAUGUCUUGGAUAAACUCAAAAGACUUGUGGUUACAUUUACAACAUAUUUUGGAGUACAUUCCCAAUGA